AUGUUUCGUACUGGGCCAUCCGUUACUACUCGUAAUAUCCAUGAUGUCGCAUCAUCCCUCCCAGGGCUAUCAAGUUCAAUAUCUCGUUCAGAAAAUCCGUGGCUGGACAGUCGACGAAAACAGACGUUGCUUAACCUUCUUGACAUUAUAACGGAGUUGAAUCAUGACGGGGCUUUAUCCCCCGAAAACGAUGGUGUUCAGGUUCCUUCCUUCGAGGAUGGCAGAGACGCUCCUACUGUUGAUGAACGUCUUCAGAUCGCAGGAGCAGAGACGUUCAAUAAAUUCGAGAAAAGAAUAGAGAACUUGGAUAAGGAGCUUAGAAAUUUCGCAAACGCUGCGCGUCAACUUGGAAGUUCGGUUGGAAUACUAUCAUCAGCGUUUCGGCUACGUGAACGUUUGACCAAGAUUCUGUACUUGUUCCGAUUCAAUGCAGCAUGCCUAUUUCCUAGAAAGGUCCAACGUCAAUCCAAAGAAUCCCUCAUCAACCCAAACCUGAUGGACCGCCGAAGAAAAGCUACUAGGCGUACUUCUCCGCCACUGUCUGGCAAGUUGAUGAGCGACGAAGCUUUGGAACCAGAGAAAUUUCCAGAACAAUUCGAAAAAUUUGCCGCGGACGUUGCAACAUUUCUAAACUGUUUAAACGAAUUCCCCGAGUUCACGGAUGAGGCUGUCAACGCUUCCAUGAGAUCAUUUGAAGGCGAUUUGAAGUAUUGGUCAUGCUGUCUCAAGGAGUACAAAUCUCAGUUCCGCUUAUCGGCUGUGCAAAGAUACAUCCAUGACCUCACCUCAGAAAUAGGCGACCACAUCGACAAUAUCACUGUUACGCUGUCAAUGUUCAUCGAAAUCGGCGUUCCUACAAUACGUUUUGCUCAGCAACAUGCUGCUGCCAAUCUAUUAAACUUAUCUACAGUAGCCACCUUCUUCUCAGCAGUCACAGCUACGACAUUGCAAUUUUCUUAUGGUACCACAGGGAGUCUUUUGGCUGAUACUGUCAACGCUUUUUGGUUCUCCUCACUUGUAUUUAGUAUCGCCGCAGCGGUCAAUAGUCUCCUUGGACUAACGUGGAAGCAAGCGAUGUAUCGUUCACCUGGUCACCGUGUCCCGUGGUGGGUGCUAAUCUGGAUCAAACGCUCCCCACUUGUCUUCCUUGUUAUAUCUGUGGCUUGUUUCUCGGCAGGACUCAUGCUUUUCACUUAUUCGAGCAAUCAAGGCCGAGUCACAAACACAAUCACUACCCUAUUCACCGCUGUGACGUCGUUCGGUUUGGCCGCUGUUUCGGCUUGGUUUGCGUCUGAGCGGUGGACAUUUGUCCAUCAUAGAGGUCAUAUGUGGCUGGAGGAUGUAAUUCUUAACGCAACCAAUCGGCUUUUCGAACUUCAAGCAGUGGUCAACAUCAAGAAAGCUUUAAAUUGGGGGCAGCAUCGCGUGUGCGCCGCCGGAAGCUCUCUGAAGCAGUUGCCUUCAAAAGCAGCAAGUUUGUUGACUUUUGGAAAAGAAGGCAGUGAUGCUGGCACAGAGGGGACACUUCCGUUCACCCACCCGAUAGGAUCACCUCCCUCCCCCUCUCUCAUUAGGGAUAUGUCUUUCAGCACGGAAACUAGCGAGCGACGCAUGUCGUGCGAUAGUGAAGAAUCCGGCGUCUCGAGCGCCCCUUUUAAUGCCAGAGAACGUCUCGUCGCCGCUAUUCGCAAGGUCAUCAUGUUACAGGCGACGACUUCUGCUGCUAGUGGAAGGUAUCCGCCAGGCGAUCGCCACCGAACACUAUCCGAAUCUCGGACUGAGCCUAUGUCUCCAAGCAGAUUUUCAGAUCCGAUGGCAGCGUUUCGUGGAUCCAGGUCGAUGGCAGUAGCGCCCAGAUUGAAGGCUAUGAGAGUUACGCAAGAAGUUCCCGCCCACCAAGCGUUGGUCAGGCAUCUACAGUUCUCGCCAAAUGGAAAAUAUCUAGCGACUUCUAGCUGGGACAGGACUUCAAUCAUAUUCCGCGUGGGGGACCCCUUCACCUCUCAUCGGAUACUUGUACACACAAAGGGUUUUAUAGGUCAAGUUGCAUGGUCUCCAUCCGGCAAUAUGGUUUUGACGAAGUUGAAUCGCGCUAUCAAGAUCUGGACUGAGGACGGUGUAUGUAAGAAAACCAUAGACCGCCCACGCACUGUGCAAUCAAUUGCAUGGCUUCCGAAGGGAGAUGCUAUUGUCUCUGUCGAAGUCAAUGAAUUUAUCAAGAUGGAUCAAGUUAAUAAAAUUUAUGAAUCCCGUGUAGAAGGAAGCGUAGUUGUCAAGCUGGAUCUCCAUGGAAAAGUUCUGGACACUUACCAGUUCGGGAGAAUCAAGUUGAACAGCGUUGCUGUUCAUCCCGAUUGCCGUAGACUCAUCGGGGUUGGACCUUUACUGUCUUCACCAAGUGGACUACAGCCCAGUAAAUCUAGGGUAGAGAAGCGAGUCAUAGUGUACAAUAUGGAGACGAAACAAAGUGAACACCGAAGUCAAACACCUGUGUUUAAUGAUGUUCGGGACAUAACAAUCGCUAAGAAAGGCUCCGUGGCCCUAAUAUCAUAUGAGCAUCAAUCGCCGCCGCAGCUGUGGAAGUUGGAAUUGGUUCGAGAUAAAGAGCAUAAACUAUCCAGUAUCCUUAGGCCCAGCCUCCGGCUCACCUAUAUGCCCGCUAAGGGUCCUGUCGACUUUUCGGGCCCCAGUUACUUCGGAGGCCAGGACGAUCAACUAGUAUUAUGUGCUGGGAAAGCUGGCGAUAUUCACAUCUGGGAGCGAGAUACCGCGGCCCUUCUUCACCAUAUACGACCACAAGGCCCCAGUGGAGAUGUAACAUGUAUUGCUUGGAAUUACUUCGCCGAUAUGCAGUUUAUGUUCGCAACUGGGAGCCACGACGGUACAGUCAGAGUUUGGACAACUCCAGAUGAUACUCGUCCGGAGGAUAGCCCAGUGGCCCUGUUAACUGGCUUUCCACCUUCCCGCUCACCAUCAGUGGUAUCUCGUGAUAAUCGCAGAGAAGCUAAUGUUAUCGACCCUACUUCAGCUGGAUCCCCUAGAGAAAGACGCCCUCACGUUGAAAUCAAGGUAUCUUAA